AUGUCCAUUUGUCAGGAUGGACUCACUGGCAGCGCUUGGGGUGACUGGGCCAACUACACCGCCUCCCCUUUGCGCGCGGAGCCCGCAAGUGCGGCAGCUGCUGCAGCAGCUGCUGCCAAGGCAGCAGCUGCUGCCAAGGGAGCGACGGCCACAGGAUCGGCAGUGGCAGGUUCGGCUGGUGUGGGAUCUUUGAAGGAGAAAGGUGUUUCAGGCAAGGGAAGUCCUGAAUUCGACCCAUCCACCCAGAUUGGCGCUAUGGCCCCACUGGGUUUCUUUGACCCCGCCGGUUUCUGCAAAAAGGGCGACGAAGCUGGCUUCCGAAACCUGCGGGCAGCCGAGAUCAAGCAUGGGCGUGCUGCCAUGAUGGCUGCACUUGGGGCAGUGGUGCAACACUACGUGAAGUUCCCAGGCUUUGAGUCCGUGCCCAGUGGCUUGGCCGCUGCUGUCACACCACCCGGGAGCUAUGGCUUCAUUGCUUUGUUUGCGGUGUCUGGCGCGCUGGAGCUUGGCCUUUGGACCGAGAGCGACGACAAGGAGCCUGGAAACUUCGGUGACCCAGUGGGAUUCAACCAGUACACUCAAGAAAUGAGGGAGCGAGAGAUCAACAACGGCCGCUUCGCCAUGUUUGCAGCGCUGGGUAUCAUUUCCGCAGAGCUGUACACUGGCAAGGAUGCCAUCGAGCAGUUCGGGCUGUAGGUAUGUGACAUGACUAGCUGAAAGGAGCAACCAAAGCCGGGUGCACGAGAAAAGGGGCUUGCCACGUGAUGAAAACUGCACGUGUAGUAGCUGCCCAGAUUCAUGCA